CUCAUACUGAUACUUCUACUAGUUUACCGCACUGCAGUGGCUAUGGCUUUGUAUUCAGUAUCAGUACUAGUAAGCUAGCGCUCCUAACGGUCGACAAUGCAGAUCAUGGAUGAUUACUGCAGCUUAUAAAUAUGGGUCCAUUCCAGGGGAGUUGUGCGUUAAAGAAAAGGAAUGUAGAUCCUGGAUGAUUACUACUCCAGUACAACUUAAAUAUGGGUCAAUUCAAGGGGAGUUGUGCGUUAAAUUAGAAAAUGCGGUUGCUAGUCAUGGUCAGCUAGUUGCUGGCCCUAAUCCAAAAUUGAUGUCUGAUUUUCCGUCCUUUCCCCAAGUGUUUAUAGAACCGUAAAACAGGAGCCGUCCUUCUCCGUCCCUUUCUUCCAGUUCCACCGGGAAAUAAAGAAAAUCAAAAGACCAAAUGCAAUUGGGGAAAAAAAAAAAGAGCCAAUCCAUUCCUAGUCAUGAGGAUCGCACAGUCCAUUUUCACUGAGACAGGAGCUGGUCUUCACAACCGGGGCGGCGGCAGACAGGCUUCUGUUGAUCUUAGAAAUGCACAUACUAGAAAGCUACUAGGCCUGCUGAAUAUCGGUGGUGGAAGCCCAGGUGCUGUUCUUGUGGAGUCACCUAAACAAGCUCCUCCUGUUCAUCACAAGAGGCACCGGGAGCGCCACAGAGGAGCACAUACACCAGCACCAUCGCCUGCUCCAUCCCCCUCGCCCCUCACAGCUCCACCUAAAUCCCCACCUGCUUCCACGCCGGCCAUAGCACUCCCCCUAUCUCCUUCUUCAGCCCCACAGCCACAGGCAGAGAAUGCUCCAGCUCAUCCUAAGCAUUCCUGGCGAAAUUACGGUUUGGUCACAGCAGGAAGUGCAGUUUUCCUUGUCACGGCAAUUGCAUCUAUCAUGUACUGUCGAGCUAAGAGAGUUGGAACUGUGAGGCCUUGGGCAACGGGGUUGAGCGGCCAAUUGCAACGAGCAUUUGUGACAGGUGUGCCUUCGUUGAAACGGUCAGAGCUGGAGGCAGCAUGUGAGGAUUUCAGCAAUAUAAUCGGUUCUACUUCUAGCUGCACCCUAUACAAGGGAACUUUAUCCAGCGGAGUUGAAAUAGCAGUUUUGUCAAGUUCAAUAGCAUCUGUGAAGGAUUGGUCAAAAGAAUGGGAGUCACAGUUCAGAAAAAAGAUCACAAAUUUAUCGAAAGUUAGCCAUAAGAACUUUAUGAAUCUGCUUGGCUAUUGUGAAGAGGAGAAUCCUUUUACCAGAGCUAUGGUGUUUGAGUAUGCUCCAAAUGGGUCACUUUUCGAGUAUCUCCAUGUCAGAGAAGCUGAGAACUUGGACUGGAUGGCACGGGUUAGGAUAUCGAUGGGGAUAGCUUACUGUCUGGAGCACAUGCAUCAGCUGAACCCACCUGUCGUGCCAAGGAGCUUCGACUCGACAACUAUAUACCUGACUGAUGAUUUCGCUGCAAAGGUUUCAGACCUUGGUUUCUGGAACGACAGCAAGAGAUCCUUCAGUUCUGCCACUUGCGAUGAAUCCAUCAUGGCGGAGAUAGAUAGCAUGGUGCAUCAAUAUGGCAUAAUAUUGCUGGAGAUAUUGACCGGAAGGGUUCCCUACUCCGAUGCAGAUGGGCCACUGGAGCAUUGGGCGUCUGGUUACUUUGAAGGAAAGAUGACUCUUGCGGAGCUCAUCGACCCAAGCUUGGGUUCAUUCCCUGAAGACGCUGCGCGUGCAUUGUGCGAUGUGGCGAGGUGGUGCAUCGAGCCAGAGCCGAGCAAGAGGCCGCUGAUGUCGCAAGUUGCAGGUCGGAUGAAGGAGAUCACCUCCCUGGGGCCUGAGGGGGCGACUCCGAAGGUGUCACCGCUAUGGUGGGCGGAGCUGGAGAUCAUGUCUGGCCAAGCUAGCUAACUAGCUACCUGAUGGUUGGACCAAUAUCAACAGCAACACCAAUUGUGAUGUACUCCAGCACCAAGUUCUUUCAUUUGUUUUCUUGUUUGUCAAUCAUCAAGACUACUCAGGAGUUGUUGGUUGUGGUGUUGGAGCAAAAGCCCUUAUGUAUAUUAGUAUAUACCACUACUUACAUAUAAGAUGUUUUGAGCAUUGUAACUUGUAGAGCAUGCAAACGUGUGAAGGAAGGAAGUAUCAUGUUGAGUUUGUUGGGCAGCAUGUGGCGAGUAGCAUGCAUGAUGACACUGAAUAAUCCAGCUAAGGCCAUGGCAUUGGCAACAAAACUUGUAGUAAUAUGAGAAUGCUCUGACUUUGGAUGCAUGAGAAAAUACGUGACUGUUCUCUUGGUAACUUGUUUCAGUUAUUGGCCCCCCAACUCGGUUGUUGCAAGAUGAGCAAAGACCAGCAUAUGAACAUAGGUGCUGGUGAUAUGAGCAUGGCUACAAUGCCAUACUUGGGGUGCUGG